CGGAAAAAAAAACUUUAUUGUGUGAACUUUAUCAUAACGGUCUACUCGUGCAGAUAGACAAGCUCCCCUGUAUCUCGAGCUUGGAACAUUUUUCCCCGUCUUCCAAGAUGAACAGAAUUAUCCUCCAGCUUUUUGCAGUCGGAAUCUGCUUUGCAGCCGGUCAAGCUCUGCAGUGCUACAAAUGCAAACUUGGCUUCUUUAAUUUGUGCAUAACCUCUACAACCACAUGUGAAAGCGGAGAACUUUGCUUCAGUGGUGUUGGGAAAGCAGCUGGCGUUCUGGAUAUCACCACAAAGGGCUGCCUAAAAGUGGCUGAGUGUAACAAUACCAAAGAGGUGAACUUCCCUGGCACUGACCCCAACUCCACCCUGGCCUACAGAAUGACCAAGACGUGCUGCGCCGGAGACCUGUGCAAUGCUGCACCUGGUCUGCCCGGGGCCUCCGCGCUGAGCAUGACCCUCGCCACGGUCACUGCUCUGUUUGUGGCCUACGUGGUUUGACAUGUUUCAAGAGGCAACACAUGACACACACAUACGCACACAUGGGUCUUGAGUUUACUAUCCUUGAGAUGUAUCGUACUUCUUAUUUAACACACACUUGUAUGCCAUUAAAAAUGUAAUUAUUUCUUUUUAUAGAUAUUUUUAGAUGAAUCAGUGAAGCGUCCCUUUUACGUAAUGAAAAUAUUAGUUGACGAUGUGAAGUUUUGCAUCAUCUCAGACAUUAUGGAUAAUUUCAAUAUCCUAUCUGUGUAACUGCCCUGCCAUGAACUUUCUCCACCUCUUUCAAACAAGUUGUAUAAAGGCGCUGGGUGUCACCAGCUGAAUCACACGUGUGGCAUUUAACUGCUUCGACUUCAUUGUUCACUGUAGGUUCAUUGAUUCCAUUACCAACCCUUAGAGAACUACACUCAUACAUUUUUUUAUUUACCCUCAAGAUUAAUUCAACUCUAAUGCUGUUCUGUUAAACAUGAUGCUAAGUUAUCGUUGAAAACAGGGAAACGGCUCGCCUGAAAUUAUCCCAAACUAUAGUACAACUACCUCUGAACACUUCUAAAGCUCAUUGGUUGGUUUAAACACUCCUAGAAAGAUCAUUUCUUUACCUUUGGAGACCUUGAGGCUAGCUGUUUCUUGUCUUUAUGCUAAGCUUAUCCUUCCUAGCCGUGGCUCCAAGUUAAAGACGCAUAAAAGUUGAAAUGACCUCAUUUGGAGGGGAAUAAGCAGGUUUUCCAAAAUGUGUAACUAUUUCUUGCACUUCUUGACUUUGACCCAUCGUGUGACCAAUUAAGAUGCAUUAUUAAAAUGUUUAUCUCAAAGUUCCUCUGAAUAUUUCUACUCAUACAUUUCACUGGCUUUCUUUAUGUUCACUUUAUUAACGUGAAGCGAUCAUUAUCUUUAAUUAAAUUGUCUCUUUGCACGUGUCUGGUACUGUCAUUUAAUUUUCAUUUAAUUUUGUAUUUUUUCAACACAAAUGUCUCCAUCUUUUUGUUCUGUUACUUUUGACGUUUGUGUCACGUUCACACUGCACAUUAAUCACAAACUGUCGGGUAAAAGCUUUAGUUUAUCUUGCUAGUUUUGAAUGUAUAUAUGUUAAAUUGUGUGGGAAGGAAGAUGAAUCGACUCAGUUGUUUGCAGAUAUUUGAAAUGUAUGCAAGAACGCAGCAAUUUGGAAAACGUCUGACCCUAUAGAUAUCCUCUUAACACAAAUCAGACCCUGAAACAAAAUCUUUGGCAUUGUAUCUUGAAAUUAAUCUGUCUCUGAUUGUUUUUUGUGAAAUUGGAAAUGUAGACUAUUGGAAGAACGCAAUAAAUUUCAAAAUAAUGUGGGAAAAGCAA